GUUGGAGAUAUCAAAACACCAAAACAAAAUCAGCCCUCGUACACGGGCUCUAUCAUUCACCUGCCGCAAUGCAAUCUAGCUUCUGAACGGCCACCGCCACAAAGGUUCGGAUCCAAGUGGUAAUCCGCUCAGUUGGCUCGGAUUUGUGAUCAGCGAUCAAGCACCAAAUAGGGUCGAUAAUUUUGCGUCUUCAGAUAUCGUCAACAGCCCGUGGUGAUGUUAUUCAAUUCUCAUCGCCAAGUCUUCGGUCAGUGAUAUUGACGUUCAGCUAGCGCACAACAUCUAUCAUGAUGGUUCGCGAUUUGUCUCAAUGAUGCCUCAGGGCUGUUUCUCAGCUCCAGUCUACCACACGCAGGCUAGGGUAGCAUUAGGUUGUUUCCGAGCAACUCUGGCCUCGUCGACACACGGUCCUCGAGGGAGCAUCCGCUAGCCGCAUCCUACAUCGUAAAAGCAGCCUGUUUCGGUCAAAGCCCCCUAUUCUCGCCCGCACGUCGCUAUGCCCAUUUUGGUCUUCCAUCUCUCUGCAACGGCACCAGGAGUCUCUGUGGAACUAGAGCCAUCCACAACUCUGAAAACGCCACCAUUUCAUACGACGUAGCAACCGAUGGUAGUUUGGCGACCCAAAAGUAGUCGACCCUGACAUUGAACUGAUUCUCAAACACAGCAGCGGGGCCCCUUUACUACCGCGCCAUGACAAAGAUAGUCCCAUCUCGAGCCUCUAGAAGGAUCUCACGGUUCACCGUUUUGGUGAUUCGCGUUUUUCACAGCUUUCUUUUAGGGGCUUUUAGGGGCAAUGGCUCGAUGUUCUUAAAUCGUCUCCCAUCGCCGCAUUUCUUGGCUUGAUCUGGUUGACAUUCACUCGCUCUUCUCCACACCACGCUCGUUCUUCUUGGCUCUUUGGGACUGUGCCCUGUUACUUGUCGACUAACAGCUCAACAUGUCUAUUCUCGAGCUCCUCGUGCUCGCCCUCGCCGGAACGGCUGUGGCCUCGCCUCCCCUCGGCAUCCGGGCCGUCUCCCCAGAUAACUCAUGUGGAAAGACUGGAAACGGAGGUAGCUCCAAGGCGUACACCUGCCCUACGAAAUUGCCAUGCUGUUCGGUCAAUGGCUGGUGCGGCUCUACUGACGCCUACUGCUUGCCCGCCAACGGUUGCCAGACCGGCUUUGGUACGUGUAAGGGAACGACGAGUAGCAGCAAGGCACCGGCGGUGGCAAGCAGCAGCAAAGCAUCAGCGAGCGCUAGCAAGGCACCAGUCAGCAGUCCCAGCAGCACCGCAGUGGCAGUCAACGUCUCUCCCGAUAACUCAUGCGGAAAGACUGGUAACGGGGGUAGCGCGGCGGGUUACUCUUGCCCGACGGAUCUACCCUGCUGCUCCGUCAACGGCUGGUGCGGUUCGACCAACGACUACUGUCUGGCAACCAAUGGCUGCCAGACUGGGUUCGGGACUUGCACAAACGACGGCAGCCCGCCGGCAGGCGGUGGUGAUGGCGGAGACUCCGGGUCAGGGGUCUGCGGCCCCGACAACGGGAACGCCAAGUGCGCCGCGAACGAGUGCUGCUCUGCUGCAGGAUUCUGCGGAACAACUGCUGAGCACUGCAAGGCUCCCGACUGCUUGUUCCAGUAUGGCCCGGCAUGCGAUGCCAACAAGAUUCCUCCUGGUCAGAACACCUCCAGCAUUGCCCGUCCCAAGCUCGGCUCGGUCGAGUACGGCGGUCCUGGUGUAUACAGCUGCGUUAAGCCCGGCGACGUUGCCCUGACUUACGACGAUGGCCCGGCCGCGUACACAAACGACCUGUUGGAUCUCUUGAAAAAGUACAAUGCCUCGGCCACAUUCAUGAUCACUGGCAUCAACAACGCAAAGGGUGAAAUCGACAAUACCACUUUCCCCUGGGCCAAUACCAUCAAGCGCAUGUACUCCGAAGGUCACCAAAUUGCCAGCCACACUUGGUCCCAUGCUGAUCUGUGCAACAUCACCUCGGCGCAGCGCAAGAAUGAGAUGUACAAGCUCGAGAUGGCUGUCCGUAACAUCAUCGGCGUCUUCCCUACUUACAUGAGACCCCCUUACUCCUCCUGCACAGCCGCCUGCGGCUGCGAGGGCGAUAUGAAGGCACUCGGCUACUCCAUCAUCUACUUCGACCUCGACACCGCCGACUACCUCCACGAUAGCGCCACGGAGAUCCAGCAGUCCAAGGACAUUGUCACCAAGGCCAUCGCCGCCAAGCCUGCGGCCAGCGACAACUUCCUCGUCAUCGGCCACGACAUCCACUACCAGACCGUUUACAACCUCACAGAGUUCACGCUCCAAAAGUUCAAGGGCAAGAACAUGGUCACCAUUGGCGAGUGCCUCGGCGAUCCCAAGGCCAACUGGUACCGAACGGAUGCGCGCACCACCCUUGGUUAAGCUCUCCAGGCGUGUCGACAGAUUUUGAAGAGUGUAAGAUUCGUGCCCUCCUCAGGAU